AUGUCGGAUUUUACUUUGCAGAGAAGAUACCUCUGUGGCGCUCGGUUCAUGUCCGAAACCCCUAUCUAUCGCAUAGUACGCGCUGAUCAUUGUCGUUAUAGUUCGAGAGACGAGAGUGUCGGCAGACUCGUGGUUCGAAAUGUGAAGGCUUCGGACUCUGAGGAUGACGAGGUUUUGGAAAAGAUGGUGCCCACCGACUUGAUGACACCAACGGGAACGAUAGGAGCGUCCCAAGGGUGGGUAGCUACUUUGAAAGACAACGUAGUGUGGCUUCAAGACGAUCUAAACCCGUUCGGUUCGGAUUCAUCUCCUAAGCGAAUCUCACUGCCUCGUCCCGAAACGUUGCCUGAUUGCCAAACCCAAAUGGUAACCAACGUGGCCUUGUCAUCUUCCCCUGAAGACGAAGACUGCAUUCUAGCCGUCAAGUUCGUUGGGGCUCAACUCAGCCUAUGUAGGCCUGCUGAAAAUAAUAACCAAUGGGUCAACAUCAGAAUCGAAGACCCAGGCUUCUUUUCGUCACGGGUCAUGUAUUCAAAUAAUGAAAAGAUGUUCUCCAUGCUGGGUCGUGGAGGAACACACACGGGAUCUUGGGAUCUUGAGAACCACAGAUCGCGUAGCUUUGAUUAUAGAACGUAUAAAGAGUAUCUCCCAUCGGAGAUGGCGGAUAUGUCUAGGUGUAGCAGGAGCGAACACUUGGUGGAGGCACCCACAGGUGAAACUUUUAUGGUUAAGUGGUACACAGACAUCUUCUGGAAUGGCCCUGAUGAUGGGGUGCGGCGUUGGAAGCGUUUCAUGGUGUUCGAGGUGGCAGGUGGAGACGCACAUGCUACUAACGACAUUGAAGAACUCUGUAUUUUUCUAUCAACCAAAGGAGAACCUUUCUGUGUAGAGGCUAGCUUGUAUGGGCUAACCCCAAACUGCAUCUACUACGUGGGAGACUUUGACUACGGAAAAGUCAAUAUAGGCAAUAAUGAACGGGUUGGUGGAUAUGGCUUUUCCCCUGCCCCUUACUUCAUUCCACCUCAAUCCUCUUAA